CGUCAUUAUUCAUAAUAAAUGCAUUACUGACGGUUUAUGACUGUUUAUCAUUGCUCAAAAAGGGAAAAUGUAUGUUGAUUCAUUCCUUAUUUGGUCUUCAUUCACGCCUGUAUUCUACGCCCACUUCUGGAUCAUCCUCCGGCGGAACGGGAAUAAAUACAAAUGCAAACCAACAGCACCGGUGUGUUUAAGGCCACUACACUGAAGAAUACAGUGAUUUACAAUGAUUGAUCUCUCAUCUCUGUCUGUGACAUGGACCCUGGUGUUUCUGGUUAUAACCCUCCUGUAUAUGUAUGGUGUUUGGCCACAUGGAUUUUUCAAAAAACUGGGAAUUCCAGGACCAAGACCCUGGCCUUUUUUUGGCACAUUUCUCUCGUACACUAAAGGCUUUUUUAAUUUCGAUAUGGAGUGUGCCAAGAAGUAUGGAAAAGUAUGGGGGAUCUAUGAUGGAAGACUGCCGAUACUAAUGGUCACAGACUUGGAAAUGAUCAAAACGAUUAUGGUGAAAGAAUGUUAUUCUACCUUCACUAACCGAAGGGAAGUAAAUGUGGAUCUUGCUGGCCCCCUUGCUGAUGGAAUAUCUGCAGUUAAAGAUGAGAGGUGGAAGCGAAUCCGUGGUACACUCUCUCCAUAUUUCACUAGUGGCCGGCUGAAGGAGAUAUUUCCUAUAGCCAUGACACAUGCUGAUCGGUUUAUUAAAAAUAUGCAAAAGAGAGACCACGAGCAGCCGGUUAAAAUAAAAGAAGUUGUCGCUCCAUACAGUUUAGAUGUGGUCACCAGCUCAUCUUUUAGCGUUGACAUCGACUCUAUUAAUAACCCCGAUGAUCCCUUUGUUACCAACAUAAAGAACUUUUUAAAGUUCAGUCUGUUCAGUCCUUUAAUUCUUUUUUUGACUUUAUUCCCCUCCAUUGCAAAUCUUUUGGGGAAAAUGGGAAUAAGUGUGUUUUCAAGGUCAAUUAUGAAUUUCUUCUACACGGCCCUGAGAAAGAUAAAGGACGAGCACAAGGAUUCAAAUGGUCGAGUAGACUUUCUCAGGCUCAUGAUCCAGAAUCAAAUACCUGAUGAUCAAGCGAAAGACACCACAAGUGAACAACCAGUAAAAGGAUUAACAGACCAUGAGAUUCUCUCCCAAUCCUUCAUUUUUAUCCUGGGCGGUUAUGAGACAACAAGCACGACUCUCUCUUUCCUCCUCCAUAAUCUUGCUACUAACCCCGACUGCCUGGAAAAGCUGGUGGAGGAGAUUGACAAAAACUUCCCUCUUGAUACUCCCAUCUCAUACGAUGCAUUGAUGAAAAUGGAUUACUUGGAAAUGUCUAUAAAUGAGUCAAUGCGUCUCCUUCCCACUGCCCCUCGCUUGGAAAGGGUCUGUAAGAAGACUGUAGAGCUAAAUGGCAUCACCAUACCAAAGGACACACUGGUUGCAAUUCCUACAUAUGUUUUAAAUCGUGACCCGCAGCUCUGGGAUUCUCCUCAGGAGUUCAGGCCUGAGAGGUUCAGUCCAGAGAAUAAGUCUGAGUUUCUCCAGUACGCUUUCAUGCCUUUUGGACUCGGGCCUCGAAACUGCAUUGGGAUGAGGUUUGCUCUAAUGAUCGUGAAGCUUCUUGUUGUGAAGCUGCUACAGAACUUCAGUUUGGAAACAUGUAAAGAGACGCAGAUCCCUCUAGAGCUGACUCCUGUUUUCCAGCCAAAGGUUCCCAUCACACUGAAGUUAACACCAAGGAAAAGGAAUAAUUAAAAUACAGAACAUGUUUAUGGAAUUGUGCAGAUUAGAUAGAAUUUUAAACAAUUACAUGCAGCUUUAUUUUAAGUAUCUAUAUUUUACAGCAUGCUAUCAGCCUUUUUUAUAUUCAACUUUUACAGCAGACUUUUUCAAUGUAUGCUGCUGAUGAUUCCUGAUUCAUUCAUUUUGAGUAGUUUAAAAUGUAAGUAAAACACUACAUGUCAAAAUGACAAUUCAGAUGUAAUCAUGUCUAAUUAAAUACCAGUAUAAAGCAAGCGAGGCAUUUUACACAGUCAGUUUUGUUUUUUACCCAGUGACUUUUUGUUUUGAUUGAGCAAACACUGAGGUUUUAAGCUCAAGGAGGUGAUUUUGAUCAGGUUUUGUUUCUAUGAUAACUUACUAUUUCUUUUGAGCUGUUGGUAAACCUACAUUAUUAAAACAAGUUGACUGAUUUACAUUUAUAUGAUAAUAUUUGCUUUUAGUCUUCUCAAACUUUCACUGUAUCAGCAGUUUAUUUUGGCCUUGUGGAUGUGUUUAAAUUCAUUAUAUUUCUGAUAAUAAAAGCUUAAUCUUCAGCAAA